AUGCCCCCGCCAGCCACCUCCCUGACCAAGAGUCCUCCUUUCUUGCCUCAUGCCUCUAUCCUAGACAAGGAGGGCUGGUGCCCACCAGGACAGGACCGUGCCAUCCCUCCUGCCCGGGUCUACUGCCUCUGGGAUGCCUCCUGCCCGGGAGGCGAGAAGUGCUGCACUUUGGGGACAAUGCAGAUCUGCAUGCAGCCUGCCAUGGUGGGCCAGGGCUACUGCCCACUCCUUUGUCCCUCGAUGGAGGAGCCCUGCCUGGUCGGCUGCCUUGAUGAUACUUGGUGUGGUCCGGGAGAGAAGUGCUGCCAGGUUGACUGCCACGUCCAUUGCGUACCUGCUGAGCCAGCCAGGCCUGGCAUUUGCCCAAGGAAGAGGAUUCUUUCAGAUGCCCGUCCCUGCGCAAACCGAUGUGUUGACGACCGGAGUUGCCCCGAGGGCCAGAAAUGCUGCUUCACCGGCUGCGGCCUUGAUUGCGUGGCCCCCAUUGCAGAGAAAGAAGGCUUGUGUCCUGCAAGAUCUCCUCCAGGUGCCAUCGAUCCUUGCUUUGGAAGGUGCUCAAAUGACUAUCAAUGCCCAGGAAAGAUGAAGUGCUGCAAGAUCGAGUGUGGGAUGGCCUGCAUUGAGCCAGUCUCUGUGAAACCCGGAGCAUGUCCUUUACAGCUCAGAGGCUCCAUGGGGCCCUGUCCAGAACCGACCCAGAAGAACUGCAGCAGCGACUUUGACUGCGAGGGAGCCCAGAAGUGCUGCCCCAUCGGCUGCAAAAGCGUCUGCAGGGAACCAGAGGAAGUGCGGCCCGGAUCCUGUCCGCUGGUGGCUGCAGAGACCAUCAAGGCGCCCACAUGUCUCAGCAUGGCCUUCUGCGUGAGGGACAACGACUGCUCCCAGCCCCAUGAAAAAUGCUGUUGGCACCGAUGUGGUUGGGUCUGCGUGGCUGCCACAGGUGGGAAUCUACACAAUGAAACAGAAGCAAGUGAGGAUGAAAUCACUCUCAAGUCUUUGGCACCUUCAAUGGAAGCCUUCCAUGCACCUGCCAGACCUGGCGAGUGCCCAAGGCAAACCCUCCCUGGACUUCCCCAUCCCAACCAAGCCUACUGCAUGGAAGGCCAACCCUGCCCAGGAGAUGAGAAGUGCUGUCGCAUUGGGAAUAUCAUGAAAUGUGUCCUCCCUCUUGGAGAGAAAGAAGGCUUGUGUCCUGCAAGAUCUCCUCCAGAUGACAUCGAUCCUUGCUUUGGCAAGUGCUUAAAUGACAAUCAAUGCCCAGCAAAGAUGAAGUGCUGCGAGAUCGAGUGUGGGAUGGCCUGCCUUGAGCCAGUCUCUGAACCCCCCAGACCUGGCGAGUGCCCAAACCCAACCCUCCCUGGACUUCCGCGUCCCAUCCAGUCCUACUGCCUGGAAGACAAGCCCUGCCCGGGAGAAGAGAAGUGCUGUCGCGUUGGGAAUAUCAUGAAAUGCAUCCUCCCUUUUGGAGUGCAUCAUGGCUACUGUCCCAGGAACGAAGCUGAUGAGAAUGCCAUAAACAGCUGUUCUUGGGACACUGACUGUGCCUUGGACAAGAAAUGUUGCCUCAGCGAAGGAUCUCAAAGGUGCAUCAAACCUUUGCCAGCAAAUCCUGGCCUUUGUCCCAAGAAAGUCCUUCCGCCGGUGUUGACUCCAUGCAAAGACAAGUGCAGGGACGACCGGUCUUGCCCUAAAGGUCAGAAGUGCUGCUUCAUCGACUGUGGCCUGAAGUGUGUCCCUCCAGAGAGCCAUCACAGGGGAGAUCACAUGGAGCUGGAUCUUUUGGGGGAUGUUUUCUCGCUGGAGGAAGAUCAUGGAGAUGUCUGCCUCCUUCCUUCCGACCAAGGAGACUGCGAUGCACGCUUUCCCCGAUUCUUCUUCAACUCGACCUCUGGGAAGUGUGAGAAGUUCAUUUAUGGCGGAUGUGGAGGAAAUGCAAACAACUUUGUGACAAAGGAGAAAUGUCUCCGGGUCUGCGCAGGAGAAGAUGUCUGCCUCCUUCCUUCUGACCAAGGAGACUGUGACGCCCACAUUCCCCGCUUCUUCUACAACUCAGCCUCUGGGGAGUGUGAGAAGUUCAUUUACGGUGGAUGUGGAGGAAAUGAGAACAACUUUUUGAACAAAGAGGAAUGUCUCCAAGUCUGCUCAGGGAAAGACCACUGCCUCCUUCCUCCGAACCCAGGAGACUGUCGAGACCAAUACCCUCGGUUCUUCUACAACCCGGCCGCUCGGAGGUGUCAGAAAUUCGUUUACAACGGAUGCGGAGGAAACAAGAACAACUUUCACACGAGGGAAGAUUGCCUCCGGGUCUGUGCCCACGUUGCACCUCGCAAACCUGGCAUGUGCCCAAGCAAACCACUUCAUGAAAUCCCACGCAGCGGCCAGGCCUAUUGCAUGGAUGACUCAGCCUGCCCAGGAGACGAGAAAUGCUGCCAAAUUGGAAACAUCACAAAAUGUGUCCUUCCUCUUGAAGCAACGCAUCCUGGCUACUGUCCCAGCAACAGAAGUGCCACAGCCUCCUCACUACGCUGUUUUUGGGACACCGACUGCGCCUCAGACGAGAAGUGUUGCCCCAGCCAAGAACACAAAAGGUGCACCAAAGCUGUGCCAGCUACACCUGGCUCUUGCCCAAAGAAAUGUCUCCCAUGGUUGUUUACAAGGUGCGCAAAUAAGUGCAAGGAUGACCGGUCUUGCCCUGACGGGUACAAAUGCUGUUUCUUCGAAUGUGGCCUGAGGUGUGUGCCCCCGCAAUAUCCUCCCGCUGGACAGCAGAUGGAGCUGGACCAGGACCAGGCUCUUCUUGUGCCAGAGAUGGACCUUGGAGAGAGAGAAGACACAUGCCCACUUGCAUCUGUUCUGGAUGAACCCGAUCCUUGUCUCCACCUCUUUUCUUUACAAACCCGAUGUCCAAGAAAGUGGAGGUACUGCCAAAUUGACUACGGGGUCCCUGGCCUUGAGCUGCAGCCGGAUUAUUGCCUCCUUCGUCCUGAACGUGGAAACUGUCACAGAGAAGUCACUCGGUUCUUUUACGACUCAGUCACUCGGAAGUGCAAGAAAUUCAUUUAUAGUGGAUGUGGAGCAAACGAGAACAACUUUCUGACAAGUACAGAAUGCCUCCGGGUCUGCGAAGGUGCCGUGACCCCUAAACCUGGAGACUGUCCAAGAGAAACUUUUCCUGAAUAUCAGCCCCUCACCUAUGACUACUGCUUUGAAGAUGCAGCUUGCCCAGGAGAGGAGAAAUGCUGUCGCGUUGGGACUAUUAGGAAAUGCUUCCUUCUUCAAGGAGUGCAUCAUGGAUACUGUCCUGAGAAGAAAGAUGUCGCAGUCUCCUCCAAGAGCUGUUCUUGGGACACCAACUGUGCCAUGGAUGAGAAAUGUUGCCCCAGCGAACGACGCAAAAGGUGCACCAAAGCUGUGCCAGAGAAACCUGGCCUUUGUCCCAUGAAAUGUUUUGCACGAGUGUUUUCCCGAUGCAAAAAUGAGUGCAAGGAUGACCGGUCUUGCCCUGAGGACAAGAAGUGCUGCUUCGCUGACUGUGGGCUGAAGUGUGUCCCUGCAGUGGAUCGUCAUGGCGGACAUCGGACAGCAGUGAAUGGGAAUUGUGGAGCACAUCUCUUGAUGGCGGUCGGCGAAUGUCCAAAGCCCCAGGGAUUUGGGAUCUGUGUGGAAGAAUGCACAGGUGAUGAAUCUUGUGAUCCAGGGGAGAAGUGCUGCAGCAACGGAUGUGGCCAUGUGGCACCAAGGUCAUAUGAGCAACUAGCGAAAAUUUUUCAACAGAUUCUCGAAUGA